AGGCUGAAGUUCCUUCUUAUUUCUACUGUAUACCGUAAUUUUCUUGACAGUUAUGGACUCUAAAACCAUUGAAAUGGCAGCUCUAGGAAGGGCUCUGCAUCCUGGCACCCUGUACAACUGCCACAGUGAUUCCUUAAUUCCAGGUAUUUCUCUAUGGGAUAAUGAAACAAUAAAGAAGUAUUUGGAUUCACGUCGACAGCCCAAGACAGAUCUGAGUUUCACUGCUUCUGACUCUCUCAAUGAGAAAGCAAAACUUCUAGAUGUGAGUGCCUCCCUUAAAGCUAGCUUCCUGGGUGGUUUGGUGGAAGUUGGAGGGUCGGCCAGGUACAUGCGUGAUAACAAAUCCUCGGCACGUCAGAGCCGGGUUUCUCUGAAGUACAGCCAGAUAACAAAAUUUGAACAACUUACUAUGGACCAGCUGGGUAAUAUCACCUAUCCUCAGGUGUUUGAUGAUGGAGCUGCCACACACGUUGUUACUGCUGUACUGUAUGGAGCUCAGGCUUUCAUGGUGUUUGAUCUAACAGCCAAUGAGAAUGAGGAUAAAGAAGAAAUCGAGGGAAACCUAAAUGUAAUGGUCCAAAAUAUACCUUCACUUUCCAUUGCAGGAGAAGGAGCUAUAACCAUGAGUGAAACAGAAAGAAAAUUAGCUGAUACUAUCAACUGUACAUUUUAUGGUGACUAUGAACUUGAGCAGAACCCCACCACAUACAUGGAGGCCCUCCAGGUGUACAGGACACUUCCAUCUCUGCUGAGGAAUCGGGAGAAUGAUGCAGUACCAAUGAAAGUUUGGCUUUAUCCCCUUGCACGUUUGAGUAAAAAAGCAGCUACACUGGAGAGGGAAAUUCAUAAGACCCUGAUCAUUAAAACAGAAACUUUAUUGGAGGAACUGGGAAAUGCAGAGGCUCAAUGCAAUGACCUGAUUACAAACACAAUAAAUGAUUUCAAAGAUGUGAAACUCAGGCUGAAGACAUUUCAGGAACUUCUAGAUGUCUACAAGGUGAAGUUUCUAAAAGCGCUGCGUAGGCUGAUUCCUGCUAUUCGGUCUGGACAGGAGCAGGAGGCGGCACUAGCAGAAAUCAUAGCCAUCCAUCAGAAGUCUCCCUUUAGAGCUGAGAAGCUGAAUCAAUGGCUUGAGUACAGGCAGGGUGAAAUAAAUCUACUGAAUCUCUAUACUCAGCAACUGAAUGGUGUUCCUGUUGAACAAUACUCAGCCCUGAUGAACAAUAUUCUCUUUAAUCCCAAUGUUGAUACUGUAGUAUGCUUCUGCUUUACGUCUCUAAUGGAUGAAGACCCAUAUUUGUCAAUUCUAACUACAUUUCUGAAAGUGGAUGAGUUUGAAGAAUUGUCAGCUAUUCCAGUGUCAGCUGACCAAGACAUCAAGGUCUGGUUCCACAAUCCUGAAGUAAUUGGGAAUUUGAAAGAUAAGCUUUUUCUCUUCAAAGGUUUUUUCCAAGCUAAUAAAGAUGAGAGAAAACCCAAGUUUGUCAUUGUCUCAGUCUCCGACUCCUCGAAUCCUGGAAUCUCCAUCCGUCUUUACAAAAAAGGGAAAAUGAUUGACAGCGCAUUUCAACCUGUGUCCAAACCACCUGCACCCAUGGUGGACAUUCAAGACCAAAAUAUAAUCCUGAAGCUGCAGAAGUCCCCAACUGGAUCGACAGUGCGGUUCAGAGUGGAAUACAGGAUAAUACAGGCCACUGGCUCAGAAGCUGUUGUGGAAAAAUGGGAAGUCAAAGAGACUCCAGAUGCUAAGGAGAACUUCACACUGACUGGACUUCACCUAAAAAAACAAUACAGGAUUCGGUACAGAGCAGUUAGUGAAUUUGGAAUGAGUGAAGCCAGUGACUCUGUCCUCUUCUCUGCUCAUGGAAAAUAUCAAUUAUCUUUCAGCCAGCGACUGAUUACUUCGUCUACUAUGGAGGCAGCGGCUGGCCCAGAGUGGCUACGCCACAUCCUGGAACAGAACCGAGCGAUAGCUGCAGAGCGGGACCAGAUAUCGCUUUUAAAUGAGCAAGUGUCACGCCUGAGCGCUUCCGUGUUUCCGACCGUGACACCUCCUGCUACAUCUGUGCAUCCACCGCUGCCAACCCCAGCGUAUGCCCAACCAGCGCCAGCUACGCACAUUCCGGUCACGCCGGCUGCACACAUUCCGGCCAGGCCGGCUGCGCACAUUCUGGCCACGCCGGCUGGGCACCACCCGCCUCUGCCUACACCUGAGAGAUACGCUGGAGAGCCAGAACGAUGCAAGGGUUUCCUGCUACAAUGCGCAUUGUUUUUUGAGAACCACCCUGACAUGCCAGAGGUCCGUAAACUGACCCACUUCAUGGAGUUACCCACCGGACAUGCCCUGGCAUGGGCUACGACGGAGUGGGAGUGA